AUGGCAAAGAAAUACACAGUUAGCGAAGUUUUAGCAGCGAUUUUGGAGAGCAGCAACAAGGAUGAGGGAGGAGUUUCAGAGCCUGAAGGGUUUGAUUUCGACGAUGAAGGGGAAUACCAAAAUAAUAGGGAUCCAUUUAAAGAUGGAGCGGAUUCACCGCUGCCAGGGCCCAGUGAACCACAGGCAGCAUCACCUCUGCCUGCCACCAGGUCACCACCAGCUCCUCCACCACAGCCCGGCCAGCCAAGAAGUCCCAUGCCCCCCGAGCACAAGCACCUCCCCCACAGCCACCAGUAUCCCAUGUACCAGCGCCCCUACCUACACAGCAGCCAGCUCAGCUGUCUUGGAAGACAGACAAAGACAUGGACACCACUCCAACUGUCUCCAGGUUUCAACCAGCUCGGACACCAGGAGCACAGUUCAGCUCCACCUCCACAUAUAAACCCCUCGACCUGUUCAAACUUUUCUUUAGUGGAAUCUUCCAAUUACACCGGGAAAAGUGACAUCCGCUCUGGACAUGGCCUGUCCUACGAUGUUGUGAUGUCCCUGGUGCAACCAGGUUACCUUAGCACAGGCUACCAAAUUUACAUUACAUUACUGUUUUGCAGCAUGGCAUGA